CGAGUGGCUCCGCUGGUGGACGUCCGAGGCUCCCGCCCAUCGCUGGGCACCUAUCCUCCAUACCUCCAGCGUGAGGCGAGGGGACCUAGGUGCUGUGACCGCUGUGCGUUCCCCCCUUCCAGCACCACGGGCCACUGCGUUCAGGUGUCCAGCGCGGCCUCGUCCAGCACUUUCGAGGUCAGCCUAGGUAGGUACCUUUCCCGGACCUCCUGGGCUACUAACCUGUGGAGACAGCGUUUGCCGGCUCCAGAGUGCACGGGAACCCCCCAGGCGGCCACCUAAAAACAGCGCCCCCGUUGCACCUACUCCACUCGUAGGCACAGCUCCAUGCGUAUUACCCGGGCCCAUCCGUCAUCAACUUCACUUCACAAUGCGCCUCAGUGCGAAGAAGCACCCAGCAACAUCGACGACCCAACGACCCGACGACUUGCCUCGCCUCCCCGCCAGGCCCUCCCAUCGAACCGCACGAUGCCCCCCCUCACCUCCGUCUCACCCUCCUUCACCUCUACCAUCUCCCGCAUCGCUCCUCACCACCACUCAACGCCCGCCCGCAUAGCUAUAUUAUCAUCGCUCCUCGGCCGCCGCCCUCACCACCACCACCACCAACGCCCACGUCCUCUAAGCACUACCACUCAUCUCGCCAGGACCGACCUCCCCGCGCGCCCCAAGCCCCCUCCGGACUCGGAGAUCGAAGAGUCCUUUCUCAAGGGCAGCGGCCCGGGUGGGCAAAAAAUUAACAAGACGAAUUCCGCAGUCCAGCUCAAGCACAUCCCCACCGGCAUCGUCGUCAAGUCGCAAGCCACCCGCUCCCGCAGUCAGAACCGCAAGCACGCCCGCGAGCUGUUGGCGCAAAAGGUAGACGAUCUCCUGCAUGGCGACCAGAGCCGGUCCGCCAUUAUCGGCGAAGUAAAGAGAAAGCGUGCCGCCAGUGCCGCCAAGAAGAGUCGCCGCAAGUACAGGAGACUGCAAGAUGACGAAGAGCCCUCCAAUGCGCAGGGCGCCGUGGAGCCAUCCGUCAACGUGCAGCGAGAGCAGGACAAGCAAAAUACUACACAGUCUAUAGUAGUAGAUUUAAGUAGCACAAGCACAAGCAAAGACAAACCUUGAACU